CGAGAGGGGCCUGAACGCGUUUGUGGGAGGCUGGAAAGAAGUCUCAUUGAGCUCUUCUUCCCGCACCAGGAGCUGGCACUGAAGUCCCUGGGGAGCGAGGGGCUGUUCCUCUUUUCUUCCCUGGACACCAACAAGGAUCUGCACCUCAGUCCGGAGGAGUUCAAGCCGAUAGCCGAGAAGCUGACGGGGGUUGCCCCCGUCGCAGAAUUUGAAGAGGAGGAGACUCCAGAUUCAAGUGGGGAGACGUUGUCGGUCGUGGCUAAAUUCCAGCCGUUGGUCAUGGAAACGAUGACAAAGAGCAAAGACGGUUUCUUAGGGAUUUCUCAUGUUGCGCUGUCUGGGCUGAGAAAUUGGACCACCCCAGCAGCCCCCAGGAGUGUCAUGUUUGCCAGUCAGUUCAAAGCCUUUCUUCCCCCAAAGAAUAAGCUGGAUGUCGGGGAUCUGUGGUGGAUAAUUCCAAGCGAAUUAAACAUCUUCACUGGGUAUCUGUCCAACAACCGAUUUUACCCUCCGCCUCCCAAGGGCAAAGAGAUCUUAAUCCACAAGCUCUUGAGCAUGUUCCACCCGCGCCCCUUCGUCAAAACGCGCUUUGCUCCGCAGGGAGCCGUGGCCUGCAUCCAAGCCAGCAACUCCUUCUACUACACCAUCGCGUUCAGGAUCCACGCUGAGUUCCAGCUGAAUGAGCCACCAGAUUUCCCCUUCUGGUUUUCCCCAGGGCAGUUCACAGGUCACAUCAUCCUCUCCAAGGAUUCUUCCCAUGUCCGAGAGUUUAAGCUCUUUGUUCCUAAUAACAGGUCUCUGAAUGUCGACAUGGAGUGGCUGUACGGGGCGAGCGAAAGCAGCAACAUGGAGGUGGAUAUAGGUUACCUGCCCCAGAUGGAGCUGGAAUCGACAGGGCCUUCCAUCCCCUCGGUGAUCCAUGAUGAGAAUGGGAAUGUGAUUGAUAGCAGGGAUCCCUCAGGGGAGCCCAUUCAGUUUGUGUUCGAAGAGAUAACCUGGCAACAGGAAAUCCCCUGGGAAGAAGCAGCCCAGAAGCUGGAAUUGGCCAUGUAUCCAUUUAAGAAGGUUUCGUAUCUUCCCUUCACACAAGCUUUUGAGAGAGCAAAAGCAGAAAAGAAGCUGGUGCACUCGAUCUUGCUGUGGGGUGCCCUGGAUGACCAGUCCUGCUGAGGUUCGGGGCGAACUCUCCGGGAGACCGUCCUGGAAAGUUCGCCCAUCCUCGCCCUGCUCAACGAAAGCUUCAUUAGCAGCUGGUCGCUGGUGAAGGAGCUGGAGGAGCUGCAGACCAACAGAGAGAAUGAGCUCCACAGCAAGCUGGCCGAGCUGCACCUUGCGAAGUACAACUUCCCCGUGGAGAUGAUCAUUUGCCUCCCCAACGGCACCGUGAUUCACCAUAUCAAUGCCAACUACUUCCUGGAUAUUACUUCAAUGAAGCCUGAAGAUGUUGAAAGCAGCAUCUUUAGUUUCUCAAGCAAUUUUGAAGACCCAUCUACUGCAACUUACCUCCAGUUCCUGAAGGAAGGACUGCAAAGAGCAAAACCAUACCUGCAAACCUAAAAACAAUGGCACCUGCCUGCCCACGGAGAUGGCCAAAGACAUCAGAGCUCUGUUCUCAUUACAGCAGUUCUUCCUCCUCUUCAUGCCAGGCUGUUAGGAUACAGACAGUCCCAGGACUGGAGCUCUGUUCUGGAUGAUCCAGGGCCGUUGAAGAGGCUUCAGUUUUGAGUGACACACCUUCUGUUUACAUAACCUGCCCUGUUGAGUUCAGGCAUGUUUCUUACAGGAGAGAGAAUACUUGAAUCUAUAAACGCUCUGUACCUGUAUCUUGGUGUGUCACCAGCCUUCAUGUUUUUCCACCUCCUGUUGAAACUCUCCGUAGUGAGAUUCCUGACACAACUAUACCAAGUGUCACCUACAAACACACGAUCUCAAGGACAUGACUUGGUGCCGAAUCAGCAUGGCCAGCACAACCAGGCGCUCGGGGCGAGUCCCUGUGCCUGCGGGUGAGGGCGAGAACCCAGCGCAGGUGGAAAGGCCUUUCCUGGUAGCCCAGGUCCUCACGCCUCCUCUCCAAGGGCAGCUCUGAGCAUGACAGCGGUCAGCUAUUCCAUGGAUGGAUCCCCGCUCUUCAGGAUGGCAUUUAUUGACAGCAGUGGCCACAAAUGCACAAUGUGGGGACUCGAGCUGCUACUGUGUAGACAUGCAAGUUGGAGGGGGAUCUGUUCAGAGGUCUGAGCUCAGAAGUAGCCUCUUUCCAGAUCCCUGGGUGACCGAGACGCGUGUCCUGACGUGAUGUGGGAUGAGGAUCUGGGGCAGAGCUCCUGUUAUUUCCACCAGUGCAGUGUGAGCACAACACAUUACAGGCCGGGCUGGGGAGCAGUGACCCCAACCCGUGUCCGACACUGUUCCUGCCCCACACGCUCCGAGCUUUGUCCUCCCAGCGUGUCUCCUCACUGGCUGCUCCCAUCCACAUUCGUUUGGAGAGUUUCCAUUAAGCGAGCGAACCAUGACAAAGUUCCCUUUAGGAAGGGUUUAGGUUCACUGUCGCCCUGAGAGCAUGAGGUGGUUGGGGACUGAGCCUUUUUAGAAGCCAGUACAAAGAAACUUCCCCAACCCUUCCAAAGAAGUUGUUCAGACACUGUUUUUGACCCUCAUCUGUGCCCACCCUGAGCAGUUCUGUUUGGAACACGUGCUUAGCUACAGGGUGAGUGUUAUUUGGGGAAGGAAGGGUCUAAGUGAAACAGGUGUAAAGCAUAUUCCUGUAGCUACGCGAGACAAAGCAUCUCUGAUAGAUGGCUGCAGACAGCCAUGGUUAUUGAUGUUUUCUCUGCGCUCUAAAGCACAAUUCAGUUGGACCAAAUCAAAAGAGGGAAAAGUCUUUCUUCAAAGGGGCAUUUUCAUUCCUGGCUUUCAGAGCCAGGGAGGAACCAGGGGUCUCCUCUUACCCUGUCCUGUCCCCAGCUCUUCUCUCUGUGUCCGUGGCUGGAGGCUGCGCUGAGCUUAGACGGACCUUUGGGCUUACCCGUAUAACUUCACUAAUUGCUCUAGUGAAAUCAGUUCCCUGGGAUGUUUCUCAGUAUCAGCUUUAUAACUAUGCAUUAGCUCUGCCCUUUCCGAGCGCUCCGAGGGGCCUGCAGUGAUCACGGGCUUGGUUUUGGCAGUUUGCAGCGGUGGCUGUGGAAAGCGCUGACAUCUCCAGGCGCCGUUGGAGACCGACCUGCAGCUGCUCUGCCCAGUUGCAGUCCCCAGCGCCUUCAAGUGCAGUUUCAGUGUAGAGCUGCCUUUCUGGCUUUUACAAAGCUUCUUUUGAGGUAUUUUUGUUGCACCCUUAGCACCCUCAGUAAGAGGCCCCAGACGAAGCCGUGUUGUGGGCUGUACCCAGGCAGAGCAUUCGUGCUGUUAGGAUCCCUGGAAGUACCUUAGUUUUGCUCCCACCAGCCAGAGCCCUGAACAACUUGCACAGCCCA